CAAAAAACCCUAGCCCUUUUUAUACACAAGUACGCUUCCAUUUCUACUUCCACUCAAAUAUUAGGGUUUUCUGCGCUUAGCCUAAAGCAGUUCACUCUGAAAAGCGCCGUUGCUUCUUAAAUCUCCAGUUUCUCCCAAUCAUGGCUACCCAAAUCAGUAAGAAGCGCAAAUUUGUUGCGGAUGGAGUUUUCUACGCAGAGCUGAAUGAGGUAUUGACCAGAGAAUUGGCUGAGGAUGGAUACUCUGGUGUUGAAGUUAGGGUUACUCCGAUGCGCACUGAGAUCAUCAUCAGGGCUACUCGUACUCAAAAUGUUCUUGGUGAGAAGGGAAGGAGGAUCAGGGAGCUGACUUCUGUUGUUCAGAAACGUUUUAAGUUUCCUGAGAAUGGUGUGGAGCUCUAUGCUGAGAAAGUUAACAACAGGGGUCUCUGUGCCAUUGCUCAGGCUGAGUCUCUUCGUUACAAGCUUCUUGGAGGCCUUGCUGUUCGCAGGGCUUGCUAUGGUGUCCUGAGAUUUGUAAUGGAGAGUGGGGCAAAAGGAUGUGAGGUUAUUGUGAGUGGAAAGCUUAGGGCACAGCGUGCCAAAUCCAUGAAAUUUAAGGAUGGGUACAUGAUAUCCUCUGGCCAACCUGUUAAAGAAUAUAUUGAUGCAGCUGUUAGGCAUGUUCUUCUUAGACAGGUCAGGAGUGCUUGGUAUCAAGGUCAAGAUCAUGCUUGACUGGGAUCCUAAGGGCAAGGUGGGGCCAAUGACUCCACUACCUGAUCUGGUCACCAUCCAUCCUCCCAAGGAAGAAGAAGAGUAUGUUGCUCCACCAGUGAUGACAACCAAUAUCGAGAUUCCAGUAGCAUUAGCAUAAAUGUCGAGUACGGUUGCUUCCUAGCCUCGACUAUCUAUGAAGAGUCGCUUUUUGUAGCCUACUUUUACAAACCAAGAUUUAAUUUGGUAUUUUGCUAUUUAUAGCUUCCAAAAUUGUGUCCUUUUUUUGGUACCAAGGUUUGUCGCAAGAUGAUUUAACAAGUGCAUUUUCGUUCUAAGAUUUUCAUUUACAACAGAAAGUUCAUCCUUUAGUUGUUUA